UGAACACAUUUUACUUGAAAUUUGUCCUGUGGAUGCCUCCAGAACACUACUUGGUCCUGCUGCGACUUGUCUUUUAUGUGAAUGUGGGAGGAGUAGCUAUGAGAGAGAUCUAUGAUUUCAUGGACGAUCCGAAAUUCCAUAAGAAGUUGGGUCAGCAAGCUUGGCUGGUUGCUGCUAUCACAGCUACAGAGUUCCUUAUAGUGGUAAAAUAUGAUCCAUACACUUUGACACUGUCACUCCCUUUCUACAUUACUCAGUGUUGGAUCCUUGGAAUCAUGCUCGUGCUUGCCUGGACAGUGUGGCGCUUUUUCAUUCAUGACAUCACCUUACGGUAUAAAGAGAUAAGAAGGCAAAAGCAAGAGCACAAAUUUGGAAAGGAAAAGUAUUUAAGCAAUGGUGAUGGACAGUCUAUACUGGUAAACGAGUACCUGAAGAAUAAACUAAGAGAGAAAAAACUUUGAUCCUGAGUCAUCAGUGAAGGGCUAAGAGGGUUGUUUUCUUGAUUUUCAAGUUUAACCCUCCCUCAUUUUGUAAUUUUCAAUGUUUUCUCAUGUGUGAGAAUCCUUUUGGAAAAGAUGCCACUUAAUCUCUUUGGAGGAAAGUGUUUACAACUUAACUGUAGAAGUAGUGCUCCUUCCACAAGGGAACCUCAAACAAACUGUGGUAAAUGUGGGUGUCACCUGAGAAAGAGGAGGAUUGGGGAGGCUUUAACCAAUACAAAGGCUGCCUCCCCAUUCUGGAAAACUGUUACCAUUUGGGUCAACAUGAACUUGAUGAUUUAUUUGAUGAAAUAAAUCGGUGCACUGUGAAAAGCAGUUUGAUGUUUUCUGCUGAAACUAGUUUAAGCUAUAGUGAUAACGUCCGUGUUCUUAUGAUUCAUUUAACAAUACAGAAAAGAGGGAUGCAACUGAAGUAUGAGAACAAACUGCAAAAUUUGCACAGUACACUACUGCAGCCAGCCUUUGAAAGUCCUGAAUUUAGCUGCCUGGAUCUCAAAGCAAAGGUGCUUUACUUUGAACAACUGGCUAUUACAUUACACUCUCAAAUACCUCUUUGUUGACUGUCUCUUUAGGAAAGGCAUCUCUUUAGCAAGGAUGCUGAUUAGCCAAAUAAUGAAAAUGAAGACAAAAACAGGUAGAAAUGUGUCCUAUUCUUAGUCAUAUGAAUCAAAGAGAAUCUUAGUUUUAUUCUUCUGCAAAUAAGAUACUUACUGUUCUUGCCAGGACUGUGUUUGGGUGUUGCUCCUCUGUUGAAUAAACCAAAAUAUAUGAUAUGGAUGUUCAGAAUCAUUUUUUUUUAAACUUCUAGAAUAGGGAUGGGCCCAAGUGUCCUUUCAGAUAUUAUCAAACAGCUCUCAUCAGCCCAGCUAGCAUGGCUACCUAUGCUGGAUGAUGGGAUUUGCCCAUCUCUGUUGUAGAAAUUAAGGCAGGAAGAUUUAUGGGCAAAUGGUAUGGACAUAAUCGGCCACUAAAUGCUGAUAGAAAUAUAUUAUCAUCUCUCAAGCCUCUUCUACACCAAGGGCAGCAGCUGUCCUGCUUGUCACAUCCUCUCAAAAUAAUGUUUUGUUUUAUGAACAUCUUGAAUUGUUUUUGUAUUUUUAAAACAGCUAGAUCAAUUUAACUUACACAGGUAACACUGAUUUUUAUCUUAACACUGUAAUUGGAUCUCAAAUAAUUAGACUUGGGGGAAUUUAUUUUGAAAUGUUUUAUUGUUUGGACAUGCAUAUAAGCUAAAAUGCUAUAUUUCUACUUGCCUCUUCUCCCUGUACGAUCUCAAAGUGCCGCUACUUAAAGCACAGUGCACAGACCUUGGCUCCCUUUUAUGAUAAUACUUGAACUGCAAAAUAAGUCUGCCCUUGCCUUGUUUCCAGGAUACCACUAAUAUUCUCCUCUUAAACAAUGGACGCUUUCAGGAAAAGAAAAGAAAAAUCCAUAUAAAUGAAUGUUGAAAAGCUCACCAGAAGCCACAGGUUGAAAUUCUUCAUUGAGUACCUAGUACAUUUCACUUUAAGAUUUACAUAAGUCCUUAUCUGUUUUGUACUAGUAGAUUCUGCCCCUCUUUGUAAUUUUGUAUUGUAAAGUCUUUCACGUAAUUCUGGUGGUAACAAGUGCAAUGGGGAAAAACUUGAAAAUAAUUUUGUUUGAUUUGUUUUUUUUUGUUGAGGAAGUAAUUGUGUAAAAACUGAAGUAUGUGAAAAAUACUACUUUAGUUUUCAAAAUUGAAGUUGACUUACUCUCAAACCAUUACUUUCAUACUGAUCUUUAUGUUCUUGCAAACAGUCUUAAAAUUAUAGUAUGGCAAACUGAACAAAUGUAAUAAAAGAGUAUUUGCUGGUA